AUGGCGAUGGCAAAGAUCAACGAGGCAGCCACAACCAGUGGUACAGUCGACACGAGCGAGCUACUCAACUCAUUCUCAAAUGACAUGGCGUCCCGUAUCGUGUCGGGCAAGUUCUUCCUGAAAGAUGGACGGAGCAAGUUGUUUCGGGAACUCAUCAACGAUACCUCGCGGCUUUUGGGCGGGUUCAACUUGGAGGAGUACUUCCCAGCAUUGGGUAGGGCAGGAGUGCUUAAGAGGGCAGUUUGUGCCAAGGCCGAAAGAGUGAGGAACAGAUGGGCUGAUCUGUUGGACAAGGUGAUCGACGAUCGUGUGAGCAAGCGCAAGUCAGCGUUUGAUCACAAGGAUGGGGAUUUUGUGGAUAUUUUGCCAUCUAUUCAGCCGGAGUAUGAUCUCACAAGAGAGCACAUGAAAGCUCUUCUCACAGUAAGUUAG